GUCGUUUUGCUUUUGAUUUUCAUUCCGUGCAAUGUCCCGGGCUAUUAACAAGUGAACCAGAGUACCCCUCUGGUUUUCCUGAAUGCCGGAAUGCAAUAGGGGUUGGAAGAAGAAGACAAAUGGAAAUGGGAUUUGGGAAGGAUUCAGGCCCAAAGCAACCUUCUCAAUCAGUCGCACCUACUUUCGGCCUUUACCCUCGCCCUCCUUCCCGGUCACCACCUACGCCGCCGUUUUCCGCUUCGGCCCCUCUGCGAUCUCCCAGGGGCCCAGGAGCUCUACAGAGAGUGCAGUCACCGCCUUUGGCUUUUGAGCGCGCUGGCCGUGCAGUCAGUCCCGCUUACCAAGCAUCUCCUAGAGUUCUUAGGCCUGCUUCUCCAUUGCAUAAUCAACCCAAUUCACCAGGCGCUUAUGGCAACUUCCUGGCUCAUCAAGACCAAUCAUCAGUCUCACCUUAUUUAGGUUCUUAUACUUCUGGAAGAAAUUUAUCAACUGAUCAUGAUGGUGUUCAAGUCUUGAAAAGAAACAGGUCCCCACCUGUACCACGUGGGAGUGAAGUUCUACCGGAAGAUUCACAUUUUGCUCCAAAUGGCCCUAAAAGGCUUGCUUCAUUUUCCAAUCCAUUGCAUAAUCAGCCCAAUUCGCCAGUCGCAUAUGCCAACUUCCUGGCUCAUCAAGACCAGUCCUCAGGCUCAUCUUAUUUAGGUUCUUAUGCUUCUGGAAGAAAAUUUUCAACUGAUCAUGAUGGUGUUCAAGUCUUGAAAAGAAACAGGUCCCCCCCAUCUUUACCAUCUGAGAGGGAACUUCUACCGGAAGAUUCACAUUUUGUUCCAAACGGCUCUAGAAGGGGUCCAGGAGCUCAAGAGAGAAGGCUCUCGCCGCCUUUGGCUUUUGAGAGCACCAGCCCUGCAGUCACUCCUGUUUACCAAAAAUCUCCUGGAGUUCAUAGGCCUGCAAUAUCUCCUCCUUUGAUGGCUACUGGGUCAAAUUUUGUUUCUGCGACUGAUUCUCAAAUUCAUCAAAAGUUAUCAACAUCUGCAGUCAAUCCUGUUUCUGAAGUUGUAGCAACCAAGCCCACCAGCCCCCCAGCUCUCAAAAGAACGAGAUCACCUUCUUUACUUCCUAGUGAUCAACUCUUUCCAGAAAAGUCCUAUUCCACCCAAGAUGGUAUUGCUGAACGAGAAAUGCAAGCCAAGGCAAAACGAUUGGCCCGUUUCAAGGUUGAAUUAAGUGAAAAUGUGCAACACAGUCCUGAUUUUACAGACCAAAAUGUUUCUGCAACUAGAAAUGAGCAGUCUAUUGGGAACCACUCCCCAGAAUUGCCGAGGGAUUUCACCAAUGCCCAUGUUAUAUCUGAUUAUGAUGGCUCUGAACCAUCUAAUAUUAUUACUGGGUUAUGCCCAGAUAUGUGUCCUGAGUCAGAAAGGGCAGAACGCGAGAGAAAAGGGGAUCUAGACUUACAUGAACGAGUAGAUGGUGAUAGAAAUCAAACCAGCAAAUUCCUUGCUGUUAAGAAGUAUACUAGGACAGCUGAGAGGGAGGCGAGUUUGAUACGUCCCAUGCCAGUCCUGCAGAAGACAAUUGAUUAUCUGCUCAAUUUGCUAGAUCUGCCUUAUGAUGACCGGUUUCUUGGCAUAUAUAACUUCUUGUGGGAUAGGAUGAGGGCAAUCCGGAUGGACCUGAGGAUGCAACACAUUUUCAACCAAGGGGCUAUUGUUAUGCUGGAGCAGAUGAUAAGACUUCACAUAAUUGUAAUGCAUGAAUUAUGUGAACACACAAAAGGAGAGGGCUUUUCUGAGGGAUUUGAUGCACACCUCAACAUUGAACAAAUGAAUAAAACAUCAGUUGAGUUGUUCCAAAUCUAUGAUGAUCACAGAAAGAAAGGAAUAAAUGUGCCAACAGAAAGAGAGUUCCGGGGCUAUUAUGCACUUCUCAAAUUGGACAAGCAUCCUGGGUAUAGAGUUGAAGCUGCAGAGCUCUCACUUGAUCUUGCAAAGAUGACUCCAGAAAUAAGACAGACUCCAGAAGUGCUAUUUGCCCGUGAUGUAGCAAGGUCUUGCAGAACAAGUAACUUCAUUGCCUUCUUUCGGCUUGCAAGGAGAGCAAGCUACCUUCAAGCAUGCCUAAUGCAUGCCCACUUUGCAAAGUUACGGACACAGGCACUUGCUUCUCUACACUCAGGUCUACAGCUUAAUCAAGGUAUCCCUGUCGCCCAUGUUGCCAUGUGGCUUGGAAUGGAGGAAGAGGACAUAGAAAGCCUUUUACAGUAUCAUGGGUUCUCAAUAAAGAUCUUUGAAGAACCUUAUAUGAUGAAAGAAGGCCCUUUUUGCAAUCGUAAUAAAGACUAUCCUACAAAAUGUUCAGCACUUGUUCAAUUGAAGAAGUCAAGGAGGAUAAACGAGGAUGUUUCACCUUUAACUCCUGCUGAAGUUGUAUCCAUUCCAUCUGUUGUAAGUGAAAGUAUUAUCAACACAAGUAAUGAAGAAAUGGCUGAUUGUGAAGAUUUUUCAUCCUCAACUCAUGACCCACAACAGCAGCCAAUUGUCAUUUUACCUACUGUUAGUAAACAGAGAGAGAAUGACCAUCCGGCAGCUGGUGCCUCUAUCUCACCUCAGGGUUUCCUGUUGUCCCCCUAUUCCCCUAAACCGCAGCUUGCUAAAGUUGGAAUUGUAUGGAAGCCAAAUUGUGAUGAUCUCUCCAGAAAAACUCUUGAGAGAAACGAUGUCCAUAUUCACGUGGAAGAAAUGCCACUUCAGAUUGUGUCAGAAACAACUCUGCAAGAGAGAUCUUCAGAUGGUAUAUGUGAUUAUGCAGUGGAAAAAUCUGCAUCCUCAAGUGUGCUUAUAAAUAGCUUGGAAGAUGCAGGACCUUCAGAUACUCGUGAAGAAAACAAAAUCAGCCAAGUUUUGCCUCAUGAUCAUGAUAAAGAAACUGCCGAGGCAAAACUCAAGUUGAUCUUAAGGUUAUGGAAGCGGUGUUGCACAAAACGAAGGGAAUUUCGUGAACAAAUGCAGGUAGCAGCAAAUGCUGCAUUAGAUUCAUUGUCAUUGGGGCCACCAAUUCGACAGAAAAAUGAUCAACCAAGCAAUUCUGGCGAGCUUGACAUUGAUCAUGUUAUUGGGGAGAGAUAUAAGAAGCAUGUCGAAUCAUGGUCAAGACUUAAUGUUUCAGAUGUUAUAGCUGGUAUUCUGAGCAGAAGAAAUCCAGAAGCGAAAUGCCUGUGCUGGAAACUUAUUGUAUGUUCUCAGAUGAACAACCUGGAAGGAGUUAAAUUGGGGCAGAGGAGCCAAGUUGCUUGUUUGCAUGCAGCGUGGUUGCUUUCAAAGCUCAUGCCUUCCAGCAAAAGUGAGAGUGAGAAUGAUCUGAUAAUUUCAUCUCCUGGCCUAUCAAUGUGGAGGAAAUGGGUUCCUGGCCAGUAUGGUUCGUAUCUUACCUGCUGCUUGUCUAUAGUUAAGGAUGCAGAGUUUGAUAAUCUAGGUGAGACGGUAUCUGGUGCAAGUGCAGUUUUGUUUCUUGUAUCUGAAAACAUUCAAUGGAAGCAUCAAAGAUUCCAACUCCAGAAUCUUCUCAUGUCAAUACCUUCUGGUUCUUGCUUGCCCCUUCUGAUCUUAAGCUGCUCAUACAAGGAAGAGACUCCAGAGUCUCUCUCUAUUAUGGUAAAUGAAUUGGGCCUUCAUGAUAUUGACAAGUCACGGAUAAGUAGCUUUCAGGUUGUUCCCCUCAUUGUGAACCACGGGAUGGAAGAGCCAGAUGGAUUUUUCAGUGACGAGCAAUUGAGGGAGGGGCUAAAGUGGCUGGCAAGCGAAUCACCACGGCAACCUGUCCUCCAUAAUGUGAAAACACAUGAACUGGUUCUUUCUCGCUUGAAUUGUUCAUUAGAGGUGCUUGAGAGGAAGAAUGAUUAUGAAGUAGGUCCGAAUGACUGUAUCUCUGCCUUCAAUGAAGCAUUGGAUAGGUCUUUGGGAAACAUUGCUGCUACUGCCAAAGCCAAUCCUGCUGGCUGGCCUUGUCCUGAGAUUGCUUUGCUGGAGGAGUCUAGUGAUGAACAUAGAGUGGUGAAGUGGGACUUGCCAACCAUAGGAUGGAACUUUCUGGAAAAGAUUGAACCACUGAUGUGUGCACUGAGGGACUCUAAACUUCCCACUUUUACUGAUGAUAUAUCCUGGUUGGGCAGAGGCUCUUAUACGGGCCAGGAGAUUAAGAACCAGAAAUUAGAACUUGAAAAUUGCUUGGUCAGAUACCUGACAGAAGCAAGUAAGAUGAUGAGAUUUGCUGAUGCAAUGAAAGAGGCAAGCAUAAUGCUACAACAGGGUGCUAGCCUGGAGCUCCAUAACACAUGUUACUCUAUUGUUCCAAGGUGGACAAUGAUUUUUCGACGAAUUUUCAACUGGCGGUUAGCAAAUUUAUCCGUUGGGAUCUUCUCCAAGGCAUAUAUUUUGGAGUGUCAUAUUGCUCCAAUUUCUGGAGACAUUGAUAUGUUGGCGCUUGAGGGGAGUUCAAGUUCACCUUAUUAUAUGGAUCGUCCAUCACUGGAUGAAGUAAUUGAAGUUGUUUGCAGCAGCUCCCUUUUAUUGGGUGGGGGUCAGUCACGGCCAGAUGCUUUUGAACCUCUUUCAGGAAGGGCUUUACACGAUCAAGUUCACGAAGCCACCGAACACGACGGUGACUUGGCCAUCGCCACUGACGUGGCAGGCAAUUCCUGUACUGAAAUAGUGGUGGCUGGCAUAACGACCAAGGAAAUGGAUAAUUUAAAUAAUUUGUUGGGACACUGUAAUAUGAUGCAGAACAGCUUAGACGAGAAACUGUCUAUAUAUUUUUGAGUCGCUAAUUGUUGUGUUGUAGUUUAUGUAGUAUCUUUAACAAUAGGAGACCGGGGGGCGCACGCACCAGACGAAAGCGAGGGCCUCGAAGGUGGCAAGAAAAUAUACCAUUAACACCAGGAUAACAUUGAUGAGGCGUUUGGCUGGGGUAAGAAUCUUAAAAGGAUUAUUCCGUUUGGUUGUAUUUAAGUCGAGAGAAUCUAGAUGCCCGUGGGAACGUUGAUUCCCUUGUAAAGAUGUGAGAAUUCACAUUUCCCUAUGAGAAUUUAUGUAUUUAUUUAUUUAUUUUUUUAUGAACAAACAAAUGUUCGAAUU